GUCAUAUCUAGUCAUUUCGAUGAUUUCGAUGACUUCGAUGAAUUUCGAUCAUCCCUCCCCCUCUCAAGCCUGACCAUGAACCGUCUUCAUGCCCGUGUUCCUGCGACGUGAAAUCUGCUCCAUCUGGCAAUGAUCGGAAGCCUCACUCGGUUUCUUCCAUGGUAUUGGGCGUUUGUUUUAAUGGCUUCUUCGGGCCCAGAUUGAAAGCUAACGGCACGAACGGUAGGUCUCCAGCUGAAGACUGUCUUCGUCAUACCCAUCGCCUUAAUUUCCUCUUUGUAGUCUUGUAUAGACUGGCCACUUUUAUCCCUAGUACACCUUGUCCUUCAGACGAUCCCAUCCAAACCGCUACAACUGUCGACAUAUAUCCUCCUAUCACAAGCCUCUGUUCCUACUCCAGGCUCGACGAGGACAACUCUGGCAAAGCAUCAUCGAUCUGAGGUUCCGAAGAACACGACACAAAAGUCCAGGCGCCUUGUCGCUCACCCUUCAGCUCCAGCUCAAAGUCAAAGUCGCGCAACAGCACCAUGGCAUUGACGCGAUCUACGGAUCCACUGGUCUGGAUCGACUGUGAGAUGACAGGCCUUGACCCGUCGACGGAUACGAUAAUGAGCAUAUCAUGCAUUCUUACAACAUCCGACUUACUACCACUAGAUAACGGAGGUUUCGAUGCUGUCAUUCAGCACACGCCCUCCCAAUUAGCCAACAUGUCAGAAUGGUGCGUCCGCACACACGGCGCUUCGGGCUUAACACAAGCAUGCAUCAACUCCACCACGACUGCCAUUAUCGCGGCGCAGGCCUUGCUUCAGUAUAUCAAGCAGUAUAUCCCAGAACCACGGCGCGCCUUGUUAGCGGGCAACAGCAUCCACGCCGACAAGAUGUUUCUCCUGGUUCCACCCUGGAAACCCAUUCUCGAGCAUCUGCAUUACCGGUUAUUCGAUGUCAGUGCCACGAAAGAAAUGAUCAGACGGUGGGCGUGUGCAGAAAUUUUGGAAAACGCACCUGUCAAGCAGCUCAAGCACACGGCUCGAGAGGAUAUCCUUGAAAGUCUGACAGAGGCCAGGUACUACAAGCAGUUGAUUGGGGGGAUGUUUCCUUCUGGGACUGCAUCAGGAACUCGAAUUGUUUCCAGACAAUCGAUAAACCCCGGCUCGACUACAUGGGGCUAUGGGGUCGACACUGGUGGUACGCCGAGUAUAACUAUGUCCACGGGUGCUCCUGGCGUGACCAUGCCAGCAGGGCAAGUAGCUGGCCACGCAAAUGCCGAAGCUGGAUCGCAUGGCAUGGUCGGCUCUCCCCAGGACUCCGUUGCCCAUCCCAAAAUUGGACCUCCUCUCGUACCGGGCAACACGAUCGGACUGAAACAAGCGCAGGAGGAAUGGAACGUCAGAAGAAAUAAUGGAACGCGAGCAGGUGACGUUGGUGACUUGGGUGAAGGAUUCCGGACAGACGUGCCAUAGGACGGUUACGAAAACCAGACCCGAAAAGAAGGCUGUCAAAGACGGCGGAAAGGACCGAAAGCACUAUGCACCACUAGCCGCCCUACCGACCCAAUUUCGCGUGAGAAGAAAAUUUUUAUCCAUGGUAUAAGCCCAGGCACAGUGUAACGCGGAACCCAGUCAUUGUUUUACGAUGCGUUUCUUCGGAGCUCGUCAACAACCGUACCAGAAUCAGGAAAAUAACAGGCUAUCGGGCCUUGGCGCCCUCCUACAAUAUUGCGAGCGAGCUUUGGAAACAAUGCACAACUUUCAAAGGGCAACUCAGGGACUCACCGCACGCAGCAGCAAGGUUUCGACGUCCCAAGUCACUGAUAGCAAUGGAUAAAGCCAUGGGACAUUCGGGGGCCAAGUCGCUGAUAGCAAUGAAUAAAGCCCUAGGACAUUCGGGGUCAAGUGGCAGAUCAUGGCGUUCUAAAAAGAACAAGACACUCCAUGACAAUACAAGGGCAGGCCAUGUCAAAGUGGACGGCCAGGAGCUGACUUCCAUAUCCAGGGCAAGGCAACACCUCGCCGGAAGAAACACAGAAGCAAAAACAAACCUCUUCUCGUUUCCCCAGCACCGCACGUCUGACGAUGCCACACCUUCCAAAAUAGGUUCUUUGUUCUCUCCUCCAAGGAAGAAUGUGGUAGGAUAUUAUGGGGAGGACCUCGAAAGGACAAUUUAUACAGAGGCCAGAAGAAGUUGAUACGGGACCUUCAAUUGUGCUAUAAGCCAUAAAGCAAUUCAAUGUUGUCCGUGUGGCUACUUUCAAAAAUUGUUCUGACGUCGUCUCGAGGACCACGAGAGUGACAAAGAC